CACACAGAAACCCCGACGCCCGCACACACACACAUAGGCGCGCGCGCACACACAGUGUGCUGUCACACACUGUCUGCCGAUGAGCUGUCAUGCAGUCGUUCCUCUCUCCAGUGAACAAGGCUAUUCUAGUAGCUCUGUUCAUCUUCGCCAUCCUCCUCAUCCUCUAUGUGAUCCUCUGGUACAUUUGUAGAGACGUGGACUGCGACCACGGCAUCUGAUCUGAUUAACACCGGGAACACCACCGAAAAACGGAGACGCGUCUGACAGAGGGUCACCCUGAGCUGGCCUUACAACAUGGCAAAGUUGCUAUAGUGACGGGAGGCACCAGGGGAAUUGGCUAUGAGACCUCAAGACAUAUGGCCAGCCUGGGGGCCCACAUUAUCAUAGCUGGACAGAAUGAGCUGAAGGGUGUGUCUGCUGUGAAGAGGAUUUGUGAGGAGAACAGAGAGGCCAAAGUGGAGUUUGAUCAGUUGAAUCUGGCAUCUUUGCAGUCAGUCAGGCAAUUUGUCCAGAGUAUCAAGAGACGAGGCCUACCGCUGCACAUCUUAGUCAACAAUGUCUUCAGGCAGUGUUAUUCGGCCCAUGCGGCGUACUCCCAGAGUAAGCUGGCACUACUGUUAUUUUCCUCCCACCUGCAACAGAGGCUGGAUAGAGGAGGGUUUCCAGUGAGCUCAUGGGCAGUGGACCCUGGGAUGGUCGACACUUCACUCUACUGCCACCUCUUCACCACCGCCCGCCUCGCACGGACAGCCAUCGCACGCCUGCUCUUUAGGAGCCCGUCCCAGGGAACGUCCACGGUCCUCUACACUGCUCUGUCUCCGUCUCUGGAGGGGGAGGAAGGAGCCUACUGGAGCAAUGGGUGCACAGAGAUGACAUCACCAAACACCUACGACCCACAGCUCCAUCGCGGCCUCUGGGACUCCAGCUGCAGACAAGUUGGCCUGCCAUGACCCCUGACUUUCAACCCCUGACCCUGACCCCCAACAUGGGACUGGAUGGCUGAGACCCAACACUUAGUCUGUCUGACUGGUGUUGUCUUUGUUUUGACAAUCUCCUCACCACCAGACUGUGAUUGGACUGAUGACAACCAUGGCUAGACUUUGAUUGGUUAGUAAAGAGUUAAGUCCCUUCCCAUGCUGUUCAAAUGAAUGUGCUAAUGGGAAUGAAGCAACCUUCUCCCUCUGGCACUGUGAUCAUACACACACAUACACUAUGUUAAGGGUAUUCAUUGUGCUGCUAUGAGUGUCUGUAGCGCCACUAUGAGUGUUAAUAGUGACCUUAUAAGUGUUCAUAGCAACCUUAUGACUGUUGGUUGACAGAUCAGAUCUUCCAGAACAGAAAGCACCUUCCCUCAAUGGGAGAACUUACUUUUGUCAUAAACAAGUGUCAUCAGUGUAUGUGUGCAUGUGUCUGUGUGUACUUGUCAUCAGCAUGUGUGUGUGUGUGCUUAUUAUGAUGUUAGAAGCAUCCAGGAGCAUCUGGUGUUCUGAUCCAUCUGUGAAGCAUAUACUGACCCCUGCCCGAGUGGAGGGUCCAGGACCAAUGAACAAGCCAGCAUGGUAACAUCAGUGAAUCACAGCCUGAAACUGAUAUUUUCAGUUCUUGUGAAAGCAAAGGGUAUUUUGUGGAAUUCUUGCCAAAGCUGCUGGUUUCCUCUCCAGGGGGCAGAAAUCAUCUGAGAGAAAGUCUUUAAAUUGUGUCCCGCCUCCUGGGCUGUGAGUCACACACACACCUGUCUCAUGGUAUUUCUCUUCUACUGUUAGAGCUGAGCGAUGGUUUAUCAAUAUGCACAUAUCACCUCUCUCAAGUCCAGUCGUUGUGUGUGUUUCUGUGCACAGUAUGUGUAUUUGUGUGUGCGCUGUUUGUGCGUUUCUUCCAGUCAUUGGUUUGUAUGCAUCCAUAAAAAGGCAGCACAACUGAAACCAGUACUAAUAUUUGUGGCAGAAGGAGAGAAAGACAGUGAGUAAAGGAAAAGGAGACAGGGAGAUUCUUCAUCUACUCUCUCUGCUGCUACCUUGUUUGGCUUUGCUCCCAGUGCAUUCAUUGUGGGAGGGAGAUAUCCCAGUGAAAAUUCUGCUAAAUUAAGACAAAGACAAACAGUCACACACACAGAGGCAGACUGUGACCAAAAAUGGGCCCUGUCAUUUCUAACACACUGGCCAUUUUGUUCCUUGAGGACCUCAUUAUUAGCCAGAUGAUUAUAAUUUUGAGUUAAAACCUAAGUUAGACAGGCCCAGUAGGCUGGACCAGCCUAUCUGGCAAGUCUACCCCUGUGAAGAAAAAAACAAAAAAAACACACAUAUAUAUAUUCAACUGUGCAUCCAAUCACACACAUGCUUAUCUAAACAAUCAACUCAUACUAUCAUGGCCCAGGCUGGUCUCAUAAACUAGACGUACCAUAGUAAAUUAAAAUCCGGACGCUCAAAUCAGUAUGAUAUGUUACAUUUAGCAACACAAAGGUUGUGUGUUCGUAUCUCAUAAUGGAUGACUUUAGCAUUUUAGCUAAUUAACAACUAUUUAGCAUGUUAACUAACCCUUCCCCUAAACUUAACCCUUUAACCUAACUCCUAACCUUAGCUAAUGUUAGCCACAACAAAUUUGAAUUCUGAAACAUAUCGUACGAAUUAUAAUUCGUAACAUAUCAUACAAAAGGUGUCAGAGUCUAUCUAGAGGAUAGCAAAGGAGUCAGGGGCAGGACACAAGUAAGAGUAAAACCACUGUAUUUACAGGGGGCACCACCAAGCAAGCGGCACCAUAAAGACCAAGGAGCUCUCCACACAGGCCACGGACAAAGUUCUGGAGAAGUACAGAUCAGGGUUGGGUUAUAAAAUAAUAUCUGAAACGUUGAACAUCCCACGGAGCACCAUUAAAUCCAUUAUUUAAAACAUUGAAAGAUUAUGGCACUACAACAAAGAGACCAAAGAUAACCCUGAAGGAACUGAAAUGCUCCACAGCGGAGAUUGGAGUAUCUGUCCAUGGAACCAUUUUAAGCCGUACACUCCACAGAGCUGGUCUACGGAAGAGUGGCCAAAAAAAAAAGCCAUUGCUUAAAGAAAAAAUAAGCAAAAAAGGCAUGUGGAAGAAGACCCUAAACAUACUGCUAAAGCAACACUCGAGUGGUUUAAGGGGGGAAAUUUAAAUAUCUUGGAAUGGCCCAGACUAAAGCCCAGACCUCAACCCAAUUGAGAAUCUGUGGUAUGACUUGAAGAUUGCUGUACACCAGGAGACAGCUGUAAUUG